CUUUUGUGUUUCAUUUGUUCCUGUUUCACAAACGUUUUACUCGAUUUUAGUGUUGUGUGUAAACAGUUUUAUUUAUUGGUACGUUUAUUAUCAAAAUUCGGUUAUUACCGCAAUGGAAAAAUGAAUUACAACAGCAAACGUUCCGUGCGUCAAAACUCGACAAGCUUCAAUGCAGCUUCUGCAGCUGCGUCCAAUUCCGAUGGCAGUGGUACUACAACGCCCACAUUAAUAAUGCAACAGCAACCACAAGCCGUCGCCUCACCGCAUGCGCUCCAGCAUCAGCUCUCCAAUAGCAGUACCACCAGCAAUGCAGCCGGCAUUGCGAGUGGACUGGCAGCCGGCGGAGUAGCCGACGAUGCCCCUGUCACUUUGCUUCCGGAAAUCUCCGAUAUAAUGCGCAGCUUUGGGGACAGCGAUCAGCCGCGCAUGGAAAGUGUCAAACUAGUAGAACAUAUACUACAGCAACAAUUGCGUGGCAUGUUUAAUGAGGCUUCACUAGUGGCUAUGCGGCGCAAGAAUAGCCCUUGUCCAACGCAGGCUGACUUUGAAUUUUUGAUGCGUAACCAUCCAGUGAAAAUAGCACGCAUGCGCAAACAUUUAAAGGAUAUGAAAAUAUUAAAGCGCUUCCUGAGCAUACGCACAGGACGACCGCAGGAUUUCAUGGAUGAUUUGGAGCAGCAAGAAUCUGACGACGAGCUAGCAAUUGAGGUGCCAGAACUGUACGACGAGGAGCGCACUCGUCGACUAUUUCGGGCCGAUCGCAUUUCGCAAAUACUCACUGGCCAACAAUAUUUGGAAUUUAAUGAGGCCAGAAAAACGUCUUUCUACUGUCGUCAUGGUGAAAAGAUAAAAAAUAAGUUUAGACGAUUCCUCGAUUUGCCGCCCGACCUACGGAUACCUACAACCACAAUGAAUAUUUUAGCCUACUUUGCCCACGAAACCAUAGCUGUGAUUGUGGAUUAUGCCAUAUUAACGCGGUUAAACUCCGAAAAUCGUGUAACCGAGCCAUACAGUCGCAUUACAUCUACCGGUGCUUCGCCAGCAAUGUUGCACAUUUGCCCCGAGGUAACCCAAGGACGGGGCAUGGAAGUGGUGCGUCCAAUCAGCGUACAGGAAAUUCACGAGGGAAUGCGCCGCUUCCGACAAAUGACUAGCAAGAAAAUCGGCUUUUAUCGCAGCUCUUGCGACGCUGACUUUCGCCGCUCAUUCCUUGCCAUAUAAAGCAAAGAAUUUCUGAAACUUACUACAUAUAAAUAUAAUUCUAAGUUAGGAAGAACAUAGUGAACAACCUUUUCAAAUACAUAAAAUGUGUGUUAUAAUA